AUGUCCGAGACGAUUACUGUCUACGACCAGAUCGAAAUAGAGGACUUCGUGUUCGACCCCACACAGCGGAUCUUCACAUACCCCUGUCCCUGCGGCGACCGUUUCCAGAUCGGUCUCGACGACAUGCUCGACGGCGAGGACAUCGCUGUGUGUCCGUCCUGUUCGCUCAUGGUCAAGAUCAUCUUUGACGAGGACGACCUCGCGGAGUACGUCGACAGCUAG